AUGAGCACGGAAUUUAUGCGGCAACUAGAUAUCCCUUUUAACGCGUCCGGCAUCUGCACGCCAACAAGCUCGAAGGAGGAUUUGCUCUUCAAAGGCACAUACAUGGUCCCAGAUAGCGAGGCACAUCUUGAGUGGAUGAGGGAUUUGUCUGUCCCAACCAUUCGCGGAUAUUUCAACCUAGGCCGGGCGUAUAUAUCUAUAUCCGGAUACCUCCGUGCCAUCAGUGAGGAAACAGAGCUUGUGGGGAAAGCCGAGGUUGUCUUCCAAGGACAGAUAGAUAAUGCGAGGUCGGAUCAACUGUUGCUGGGCAAGAAAAGGCCAGAGUGGAACGCUACGCUGGGGUUUUCUGUGCCUGCUGGUGGAGACGUUGCUUCGGUGGCGAUAUCUACCAAAUCGUGGAAGACGGAACUUCAGGGAUAG